AUUAGGCAUCUUCGUGGUUUGGCAGUAUUUGAAAACUAUUUAUAUACAACUAAUUCAGAUAACCUCAGCAUUUUACGAAUAAACAGAUAUAAUGGCACUGAUGUCCAGUCUCUUGCUAGACUUGACAAUACUAAAGAGAUCCGUGUAUACCAGAAAAGAACUCAAACAGCAGUCAGAAGCCACGCAUGUGAAGUGGACCCAUCUGGAAUGCCGGGGGGAUGUUCACACAUCUGUCUGCUCAGCAACAACUACAAAGCACGAACUUGUCGCUGCAGGACUGGCUUCAUCUUGGGGAGCGAUGGCAGGUCAUGCAAAAGACCAAAGAAUGAAUUGUUUCUUUUUUAUGGGAAGGGACGCCCAGGAAUAAUACGGGGAAUGGACCUGAAUACCAAAGUAUCUGAUGAAUACAUGAUCCCUAUAGAAAACUUGGUCAAUCCUCGUGCUCUGGACUUCCAUGCUGAAACCAAUUACAUUUACUUUGCUGAUACUACCAGUUUCCUAAUUGGACGACAGAAAAUUGAUGGCACAGAGCGAGAAACAAUCCUCAAAGAUGAUCUUGAUAAUGUCGAAGGCAUAGCAGUGGACUGGAUUGGAAAUAAUCUUUAUUGGACAAACGAUGGCCAGAGGAAAACGAUUGCUGUAGCCAGACUGGAAAAAGCUGCUCAGAGCAGAAAAACUUUGUUGGAGGGAGACAUGUCCCACCCUAGAGGAAUUGUUGUUGAUCCUGUCAAUGGCUGGAUGUAUUGGACAGACUGGGAAGAAGAUGAAAUAGAUGACAGUGUGGGAAGAAUUGAGAAGGCAUGGAUGGACGGCUACAGUCGGCAGAUUUUUGUAACAUCAAAGAUGCUAUGGCCAAAUGGUUUAACUCUGGACUAUCAUGCCAAUGUAUUGUACUGGUGUGAUGCCUAUUAUGAUCACAUUGAAAGGAUAUUUUUGAAUGGCACUGACAGAAAGGUAGUCUACAAUGGAAAAGAUUUGAAUCAUCCUUUUGGGCUAUCGCAUCACGGAAAUUGUAUUUACUGGACAGAUUACAUGAAUGGAUCAAUUUUCCAGUUGGAUCUGGUUACAAGGAAUGUGACACUGUUAAGAAGUGAGAAACCACCUUUGUUUGGGCUCCAGAUUUAUGAUCCACGUAAACAGCAAGGUGAUAAUGCUUGUCGUAUUAAUAACGGAGGCUGCAGCACUCUUUGUUUAGCCAUUCCUGGAGGCAGAGUUUGUGCCUGUGCUGAUAACCAGCUUUUGGAGGAAAACAAUACAACCUGCAUGAUUAAACAUGGGGAAGUGCUACCACAAUUGUGCAAAGCUGACCAGUUUCAGUGUAACAAUAAGCGCUGUAUCCAGGAUCGCUGGCUCUGUGAUGGGGAUGAUGACUGUCUGGAUGGCAGUGAUGAGCAUUCUGACAUUUGCU